AUGAGCAUGUGGGAGACGUGGUGCAACUUCAUCAUUGAGCUGGUUACCCUCACAACCCAAGUGUCCAUGGCAACAGGGAUGAAGAGAUAUGCCGAUAGAGAAGAAGACUUCAGUGCGAUGCAAAAGAAUAUCCUAAAGCAGCUUCCUACCAGCUUAUAUACUGCUCUAAAUGCCCUACAUCUGGACAGUGAAACUACUCUAUAUGUGGUCUGUCCAGCUUGCAGCUUCUGCCAUCGUCCAGAUGCACAUGCGAUCUCCCCCAAUAGCCUUUAUCCCACAAACUGUACACAGCUUAUUCCCGGCGAUUCCGGGUUAGUAUGUUGCAGUGCUGGUUUGUUGGAACAGUGUCAUGGGGGUGUCAGGCCGAAAAAACCAUUCCUGCUGGCUUCACUGCCAGAUUAUCUCACCAAAUCUCUUUCCAAUCCCGACAUUGAGAAGUUAUGCAACCAAGCAUGCGAUGAUGCCCUGGCUCAACGCAAUGCGCCCUCUACUAGUCGUACCAUGAUGGGUGUAUUUGAUGGGGGAUUUUUGCGAGACUUCAUUGGUCCAGAUGGAAAGCUCUUCAUUGAUCGAGGAGAUAAAGUCUGA